AUGAACGACGUGACCCAGAAGAACGUCGACAAGGUGACGCGGUAUCGCGAGGGCGGCAAAAAGGCCCUCGACAAGCUCGUGAGCCAGUUCAAGUGGGUCAUGGGUCAGCAACAGAGGGAGACGGAGAAGAAGAUCAGGAAAGACGGCGAGAAGGCGACGACGACACUGGACGCGAAGCAAUAG